CAGAUUUCCAAGUCUCUAACUGGUGAAUUUUGGCGGUGGCAGCGGCGCCGGAAGUGCAGCCCUUCGAAUCUCAAAAGAGGCUGGACGGCAUACGACAGACAGCACACAGCACAUUGCACAUUGCACAUUGCACGUCGGUCCACCAGCCGGUCCGACCUACAUUGUGUCUCUUUGCAGGCCGCCAUGGGCUUGUAAAAUAGCUUUUGUCCACCAUAUCUUCUAGGCAGGCGUCUUGCGGCGCUUGUAUUGCCAUUCAGUUCGACCUUCCGUUGAAGUGUCCCUCACCCUGCCGGCACUACAACCUGGGUAAUGUCUGACCACAACGAGACUCCGUCGGCUAUGCACAUCGCCACAAAACUACCAGUGGUUUGCUGGAGGAACCUCCAGACCGUCUAGUUUCCCUACACCGGCCGAGACAAUAAGCCACAGAAAGCAUGGCGUCGCAACCUAGUAGACAAAGAGAUGUCGGGCUGGGGCUGGGGCUGAAUACGAGCAUUCGCAGGCCCGCAACGCAAGGCGACACGUCGACGCCAGCGCAAGACACGUCGACCACCGAUGCGACUCGAGCGUUCUCCUCCCCCAUAUUCAAACGACCGUCGUUGGUGAACGGGACCGGGUCUAGUCAGCAAAGUGGGCUGUCGUCAUCCCAAAGAAUAAUUCCAAAAGAGACGGAAGACUACUUGACGGCCAGGCCGGCACCAUUACAUCGUACGAAGAGUGACCUUGGACCACGGCGGAAAGAGGGAGGCCCGACAAGCCCCUCGUCAGAAGACAAGCGUGCGCACAUCCGGCAUGGCUGGGACGAUGAAUACACUUCGAACGAAUACCUGUCACUGUUACACUCGACAUUUUACAUGUACUACACGGAAAAACGGCACGAAACCAAUGGCUCCCUAUCAGAGGAGUCGAAGAAAUUCCCCAGUGUGGACUGGCGGAUGAAGGACAGGAUGAAGACGGUCUCUGCCGCGCUGGCCAUCUGCCUCAAUAUUGGUGUGGACCCUCCUGAUGUGAUCAAGACCAACCCUUGCGCGAAACUCGAGGCAUGGGUUGACCCGACCGCAAACAGUGGUGGCACAACCAAGACGAUGGAGCAGAUUGGCAAGCGGCUCCAAGAGCAGUACGAGUCGUUGAGCUUGAGGACCAGAUACAAACAGUACUUGGAUCCUUCGAUCGACGAAACGAAACGGUUCUGCAUCUCCUUGCGUAGGAACGCAAAGGAUGAACGAGUUUUGUUCCAUUACAACGGCCAUGGUGUUCCUCUCCCCACUGCCUCUGGAGAAAUCUGGGUGUUCAACAAGAACUACACCCAGUACAUACCUGUGGGAAUCUAUGAUCUACAGUCAUGGCUUGGAGGUCCCAGUCUGUUUGUGUAUGACGUCUCGCAUGCAGGCAACAUCGUCUACAAUUUCGACACAUUUCUCGCUAAACAUGAGAAGGAGAAUGAAGAGAUCAAGAAGAGAGAUCCAAAUGCGCCCGUCCAAAACUACGGAGAUUGUAUACAGUUGGCAGCUUGCGGUAGAACCGAAAUGCUGCCCAGCAAUCCUGACCUGCCGGCCGACCUGUUCACGUGUUGUCUGACGACGCCAAUAGAUAUAGCGUUACGAUUCUUUGUCUUGCAGAACCCGUUACAAAAUGGUCCUCCACUUGACGAUGGGAAGAUUCCUGUGCCGGGCCGUCUCCAGGACCGACGGAGCCCGCUGGGCGAGCUUAAUUGGAUCUUUACAGCCAUUACCGACACGAUUGCCUGGAACAGCCUACCACGGCACUUGUUUAAGAAGCUUUUCCGCCAGGACCUCAUGGUUGCUGCCUUGUUUCGCAAUUUCCUGCUCAGUGAACGGAUCAUGAGGGCAAAUCAUUGCCAUCCAAUAUCAUCUCCUCCCCUUCCAGAGACACACCGACAUCCACUUUGGCAGAGCUGGGACCUUGCCAUGGAGAUGGUGCUGGCACAGCUUCCCAUGCUUCGAGAAGCGGAGGAAGGCAAGCGGGUGUACGAAUACCAACAUUCGACCUUUUUCGCCGAACAGUUGACUGCUUUCGAAGUGUACCUCAGCUCAGGACCGACCAAAGAUCGCGCGCCGGAUCAGCUGCCCAUUGUUUUGCAGGUACUCCUUAGUCAAGUUCACCGGCUGCGAGCUUUGAUCUUGUUGAGCAAAUUUCUCGACCUUGGCCCUUGGGCCGUCCAUUUGGCGCUGAGUAUCGGUAUCUUCCCUUAUGUGGUGAAGCUGCUCCAAGCUGCAUCGAUUGAGCUUAAGCCGGUCAUGGUUUUCAUAUGGGCCCGCAUCAUGGCGGUCGACUACACUGUCCAGGGUGAUCUCUUGAAGGACAAUGGCAUCUCCUACUUCAUCUCCAUCAUGAACCCUCGUUCAGACAUCCCUGUCGGCAAUGCUAGUGAGCAUCGGGCCAUGUGUGCUUUCAUCGUGGCCACCUUUUGCAAGAAAUAUCCUCCCGGUCAAACAGUGUGUCUGCUCCCGGAGGUGUUCCAGGCCUGCCUGCUCAACACGGCGGAACCUGAAAACCCUCUACUUCGACAGUGGUCAUGUUUGUGUCUGAGUAUGCUGUGGUGUGACUAUGCCGAUGCGAAAUGGAUGGGUAUCCGCUGUAUGGCCCAUGCCAGGCUGUGCGAGUUGUCUCUUGAUCCUGUUCCUGAAGUCCGGGCAGCCAUGCUUCAUGCGCUGACCAAUUUCUUGGGGAUCCCGGACUUGACCGACCAGGUCUCUCAGAUCGAAGAAGGUAUUGCCUCUUCAGUUCUCUUCAUGACGUCUGAUGGCAGUACACUUGUCCGAAAGGAGUUGCUUGUGUUCCUCUCGACAUUUGUCCAGAGGUACGAGAACAAGUUCAUGGUCGUGGCCUACGAACAGAUGGUAGAAGAGAGGGACAGACAUCCGUACAAGGACAGUGAGGCCGGUGUAUUCGUCACACGAGAUUCACUCAAGGCAGCUCCGAUUUCUGCAAACACUAUCUAUGGUUCGAUCUGGGUUCAUUUAUUGGUAUUAUCCGUUGAUCCUCAUCCGGAGAUUGCCAGGAAUGCGUCCAUCAUCGUGGACUGCGUUCACGAGGCCUUACUCAGUUCACCGAUGGGCAAGAUGGCCACCGCUGUAGUGGACGAUCUGCUAAAACUCUCAAAGAAGGAGGACUCGCAGUUGAAGAAAGUGUCGUCUCGAGACUCACUGAGAGUGGCGGAUAGACCGCCAGGCACUCCACCGCCCGCUCUUCAAAAACAGCAGAGUUAUUUGUCGUUGAGCCUGAAGCGAGCGGGUAGCUCACUUCGAAACCUUGCAUUUGGCUAUUCUGGCGAUAGCGCGUCUACAUCCAAAGACAACACCCCUCCGAGUUCACCUGGCAAGCCCAGGGAGCCAGUCCAUCCUCUCAACACCCCUCGUGGUCGUCUCCCACCCGAAUGGAGCCGACCACCGGAAACACCUGAUUCCACCAGUACAUCAGGAACAUAUCACCCCGCGCAUAUGCCCACAUCUGCAGGUUUCACCCCUCUAGAUCCCAAAGUGAAACCAAGCAUUCCUCUUCAAAGCGCAUUACUUGAGUGGUCCACUGAAUACUUCCGAGAGCCACAAAUGAGGCCGAACGAUCCUGACGAGCCCGGUUCCGCCGACUACAAUUCCCGACUCUGGAGACGUAACCGCAAUGAGAAGAUUAUUGCAGACAACCAACCGCUCAAGGGCGUUGCCGGCAGCUCCAAAUGGACACGUCUGCAAGGAUUCUUGAACAAUCAGAACCAGCCCAUGAAUUUGGUCUUCCAUCAAUUCGAUGACCAUUUGGCCGUCACUGACGACCGCGACACCGUCAGUAUCUGGGAUUUCCAACGGAACGAACAAUUGAGUCGAUUCAGCAAUGGCAAUCCUGCCGGCAGCCGGAUCAACGAUGCCAAGUUUCUGAAUGAAGACGAUCAACCGCUCCUUAUGGUGGGCAGUUCCGACGGCGUCCUCAAAGUCUAUCGAAACUACCACAGUUCAUCCGAAGUCAAAGUCAUUACGGCCUUCAGGGCACUAACCGAGUUAAUUCCAAGCAACAAGAAUGCAGGCCUGGUGUUUGACUGGCAACAAGGUCAAGGGAAAGCAUUGGUGGCCGGCGACGUCAAAGUGAUCAAAGUGUGGAACGCCGCCACGGAACUUUGUGUCGGAGACAUACCAGCUCGAAGUUCCAGCUGUGUCACCAGCUUGACUAGUGAUCAAGUGGCGGGACAGAUUUUCAUCGCUGGCUUCGGCGACGGUGUGGUUCGAGUCUUUGAUCAGCGUCUCAACCCACGGACGGCCAUGGUCAAGAUCUGGCGCGAGCAUCGACAAUGGAUCACCAACAUCCACAUGCAGCGCGGUGGUGUGCGCGAGUUGAUCUCCGGUGCGCGCAAUGGAGAAGUCAAGCUGUGGGAUUUGCGGAGUGACAGUUCGGUACUCACACUCAACGCCACUUCUGGGUCUAAACAUGACCAUUCGAUUGUCAAUACAACUGCUGCGGAUACGAUACCAGCGUCAUCGGCGACGACCUUGAUGAGGAGUCUGUCUGUCCAUGAACAUGCCCCUGUGUUUGCUGUGGGUACCGAUAAACAUGAGGUCCGGACGUUCAACACCAACGGCGACUCGCUCGGUGUUUUUGAGCCGUUGUCAAGUCGCCUCUCGCAGGUCGUCGGGGGCUCGCUUGCCGGUCGUGGGUACGGUAGCCAAACGCCCAUUGUUGCCACGGCUUAUCAUCCUCAUCGGAUGUUGCUUGCUUGUUCGGCAUUGGGUGAUGGCCAUGUUAGCUUGGUUAGCUAUUGAACUGACAGGACAAGGCGAGGCCAGAUGGAUGGAAGGCGGUUGAGGUUGGAGGUCGUGGAAUCGCCUUUCGACAUCUAAUACGGCACUUACUGUACUGUGUGGUACCUGGCAUGAAUGGGUUGGCAGUGUACCGCAGUGUAUUGCAAUGCUGUGGUCGGGGGCGAUAGCGCAUAGUGGGUAAAGAGUCUCCGGGUUUCAUCCAUACAUUUGAGCGAGCAUGAGCAUGAUUCAUUCCCCACCGCAAUAGAACAGGGAUAUGCGCACUGCACCGCGCCGCCACUGUGCUGUGGGUAUGAUUAGGUAUGGAAAGGAAAGAGUCCUAUCAACUAGUAAUAAUGAAACACAAACACUACUAUGAAGACG